CCAGUCCGACGCUGCGUUGUAUUCCCCCUCCGAGGCAGAUUGUCGACGGCUGUAGUUUAGAGGCCGCGGACGAGCUCCGGGGCCGGCUGCGUUUAUAUUUUGCUAGUCGCGGUUGGUCGUUGAUCGCUUAGCUCAAAGAGUCCGAAGGUUCCAGUCGACACAUUCGUUCCUUGUUUUGUUUUUUUUCUUUUGUGUGUGUGUGGGGAAAGAAAGAAAAAAAAGCGUGUCGCCUAAAUCCAUCUACACACUAACCGCCACUCUAUUUAAACGCCGCCGUCUUGAUCUAAUCAGUGGAUCUGCAUUUUGACGGUGUUCUGAACAACCCUUGACCCCGAGACGACCUCCUGCUCACUCAGAACAUGCGGUCAGACGGAGCCCUCACGCGCGGCGUCUUCGGAGGGGCCGGUCCAGGGAACCUCACGUCUCUGUGUCCUAACGGGACCCAGUGGGUUCUGGAAGUGCUCAGGGAAUGUGCCCAGGAUGCGAGGGACAUGGCCAGCAUCUACCUGGGCCUCCUGUCCAUCCUCUGCUUCAUGGGCUCUUCGCUUCCACAGUACCACAGCUCGUGCAAAAACGGCAACAUGGACCGCGCCCUUUCCAUUUGGUUCCUGCUGCUGUGGCUGGGCGGUGACACCUGCAACCUGGUGGGCUCCUUCCUGGCCGACCAGCUUCCCCUUCAGACAUACACGGCCAUUUAUUACGUUAUAGCUGAUCUACUGAUGCUGGCCCUUUACUUCUACUACAAGCUGAGGAACAGGGUGGUUGAAAGCAGGAGGGUUUUGCACGUGGUAGGCGUGGCCUGCAUCCUGGGCUUGCCCGUAAACCUCAUCCACCUCUCCGGGUUGGGCGCCCAACAGGAAGCUAUGCCCUCCGCGUUCAGAAGUCGCGGUUUGCUCGCGGCCUCUGACAUUAGCCCAGUCAAGGCUUUUACCUCUAAGGAGAUUAUCGGUUUCUCCAUCGGCUCAGUGUCGUCGGUGCUCUACCUGUGUUCCAGGCUUCCCCAGAUGUACACUAAUUUCAAGAGGAAGUCGACGGAGGGGGUGUCUUACUUCCUGUUCGCGCUUGUCAUCCUGGGAAACACCACGUACGGACUGAGUGUCCUGCUGAAGAACCCCGACGACGGCCAGGGCGAGAAGAGCUACAUGAUCCAUCACCUGCCCUGGCUCGUCGGCAGCCUCGGCACCCUCUCUUUAGACCUCAUGAUCUCCCUCCAGUUCUUCAUCUACCGUAAGGCUCCAGCGGAGGGGGACGACGACCGCGACGAGAGGACGCCUCUGAUCGGGAGCUAAACCGACACGCCGAGGGUGUACUGGUGGGACCCGAGCACUCGCUUUCAGUGAACCCUCAAAGAAGUCACAUUUACAACACAAGAAAUCAAGAUGGGUAAAAAAAGAUUGUACAUUUAGUUAAAUUUUUAUAGUUUUAUUUAUUAUGCCCUUUUAUUCCAACGUUUUUCAAUGUGUUUUUAUCUGCAAAGUGAAGCUGCCGUGAUUGUGACUCACGCUGCUCUUAACUCACGGCGAUCUACCAAGUUUUCAGUUCCGCUCGAGUUCGGUGAUACUACUACUUACUAUCACAGUUCUAGGGGGCAGCAAAACAAACUACAGCCGUUUUAAUAAAGACAAUAACUGGCCGUUUUUCAUCGUUUGUGUGAGCAACGGUGAUAUGUUUUUACGCUGUAAAAAGAAUUGGUUACCUCCUCGCUUCAGCCAACAGCUCACCGUGGCUCAUCCCUCUGAGAAAUGCUUCGAACUGAUCUGCUGUUAAAAGUGUUUCAUGUGAGGGAAAUGUGCAAUAAUAAAGAAAAAAACACCUUUUCCAA